CUACGUGCGAGUGUAUGGAUAGGGUAUUUAAACAUAAAAGUUAUAAAUGGAAUUACUUUUAACGAAGCCACAAGGAAGACAACAGCUUUGAAGAAUUUAAGAUCAAUUUAUAUCUUUUCCUAUUUUUAUUCAGGGUGGAUUUAUAUUGAUCUGUACAUGAUAAUAACAAUAGCUCGAUAAAUCGAAAUGAAGUUUUUCUCAUUUGUUUAUGUGUUAUUGAUUCCAAAUAUUUCAUGUUUUCUGCGAUGGUCAUCACACGACAACGUCGAGUACAGAGAAGAAAUUCCCGUGGAAAUAUCAAAAGGUCAACGUACAAGAAGAUCAGCAGAUGACAGCUUUCAUCCACAGACAUAUGACCUUGACCUAAAAGUUGAAGGGUCACAAGUUCAUUUCCAUUUAGAAAGAAAUGACGACAUCAACACUAAUGUUCCAACUCUUUCCUUGAAUCAAGGGAUACUAACAGACAUCUACCUACAGGAACAAAAGGACUCCAUAUUUUAUCAAGAUAUAACGAACGGAGCAUCGUUUGUAGUUCAACAAGACAAAAUGAAUCCAGAAAGUAUGUUUGGGACUUUCAAUUCUGGUGGUGACAGUUUUAUCCUCCAAUCUCCAAAAGAAAGAUUGUCGUCGUUACAUUCCGGCAGCAACAGAUUUGAGUUAAUCAAAGAGAUAAGAAAUCGAACUGAGUUCGGAGAUGGAUUGAAAUCCGGUGAUACUUUAGAAAGUCUACCUGUAAGAAAACACCAUCGACAGAAGAGAGCUACAGGAUCGAACCAAAUAGAACUUUUAAUUGUUUGUGACUAUGCUAUAUAUGUUUAUUGGUUGGGUCAGAGCGAAGCCUCGACACCAUCUGAAAAGGAGACUGAAGCACUUACAUCUGUACGUCAAUAUUAUGCCUUUGUUUUAAAUGGGAUGGAUGCUAUGUAUAAGAAUAUCCAGACAACUGAUUAUACAAUAUCAGUCUUAUUUGCUGGGAUUGUUAUUGCAAAGACUCCAAAUGACGCCCCAUGGACUGAGAGUAUUAAGAAUACAGCUACUUCUCCCAACACAGUUGAUUCAUUAGCAGCCUUGAACAAAUUCACUGCAUGGAUUCAAGCAAAUUCGUCACAAUUACCAGAAAGGGACCAUUCUAUGUUAUUUUCCAGAUAUGACUUAUCAUAUAAUGGUAAUAACGGAAAUGCUGGACUGGCCUUUACUGGUGCAAUUUGCAGUGUUCAAAGUCAAUCCAUCGUUGAGGAUGAAUUUAAUUUUAUUAUUAUUACUGUCGCAGCACAUGAACUAGGACACAGUCUAAGCGCCCAACAUGACGGGUAUGAAAACUCGUGCGAUGUCAACGGAGCCUAUAUAAUGGCUUCAUCAAGUAGUCCACAACAAGACACCACAGCAACGCACCCAUGGAUAUUUUCUACGUGCUCUACUAAUUAUUUUACGUCAAAGAUAAAUGCACUUGAACUGUCAGGAGAAAGCAAUAAUUGUAUGAAAACACUAGGAUCCAAUUUUGAUCCAACUGCAUUGGUACCGUAUGACCAGUCAUUAGCCGGACAAGUGUAUGACGCAGAUGCCCAAUGUGCUCAUAUUUAUGGAAAUGGAUCUAACAUGUGCAGGGGACUGUACAGUGGUAAUUUUGAAUCAAUAUGCAAUGUUCUGUGGUGCUCUAAUCAAGACGGUUCAUCUUGUUUUACGACAAUUGCAGGAGAAGGCACUCUGUGUGGCAAUACAAAGGUAUGUAAUAUAUUUUUCUUUGCCAGCACACAGGGCAACUGA